AGUGUUUCUUCUCAGGUCCUUCAAAAUAAUGACAUCUGAGCCGUACGCAGUUUGGUCCUCACCGGUAGCCGUAGUGACGUCAUUCAACCCGGAAAAGAGUGGGGAGUGAACACGCUACUACUGCUGCUCACGUUUGGCUCGGUUCGCAACAGUUUUAGACCACGUUUGAACCCGGUUCAGUGUGACGUCAUGGACCUGUCCCGGUUCGUCCCGGGUCAGUUUGAUGACGCAGAGGAGGACAGCGACCAAUCAGAGGUGUCGGCUGUUCAGGGUCACAUGUCUGAAGUCAGUCUGCAGCCGGCGUCACGUCCUCACCAGGACGAGGACAAUGACGAAGAUGACGAGGAUGAUGACGAGGAUGACGAGUGGGCGUGGCAGACCACAGGAGGCGAUCUGACCAAACGCUACAACAGGACAGGUCUGAACAGCCAGGCCAACAGACAGAAUCUGUCCAAUCACACCCUGUCUUCGUCCACUCCAUCUGACAAAGCUCUGCGGAAAUACGAACACAAGAUCAACCUGGAUAAACUUAAUUUCGCAGACUCUGUGAUCAACAAAGUGACGACAAUGCAGAAGCAAAAAGACGCUGACACGUACCGGGUGAAGGACAAAUCAGAUCGUGCUACAGUCGAGCAGGUUUUAGAUCCACGAACUCGAAUGAUUUUGUUCAAGAUGCUGAGUCGAGGAGUGAUCAACGAGAUCAACGGCUGCAUCAGUACAGGAAAGGAGGCUAAUGUGUAUCAUGCGAGCACAUCAAGCAGAGAGAGCCGAGCAAUAAAAAUCUACAAGACGUCGAUCCUCUUGUUCAAAGACCGAGACAAAUAUGUCAGUGGAGAGUUCAGGUUCCGCCAUGGUUACUGCAAAGGAAACCCUCGUAAGAUGGUGAGAACCUGGGCAGAGAAGGAGAUGAGGAACCUUAUCAGGUUGCAGACGGCUGGAGUUCUGAGUCCUGAACCUCUGUUGCUCAGGAGUCACGUUCUGUUAAUGAGCUUCAUCGGAAAAGACAACAUUCCGGCACCACUGCUGAAGAACGCUGUGUUGUCUGAGUCAAAGGCGUGUGAGCUCUACCUGCAGGUCGUGCAGAACAUGAGGACGAUGUUUCAGGAGGCCCGAUUGGUCCACGCUGACCUGAGCGAGUUCAACAUGCUGUAUCACGACGGAGAUGCCUACAUCAUUGACGUGUCGCAGUCAGUGGAACACGACCAUCCACACGCUCUGGAGUUCCUCAGGAAAGACUGCAGCAACGUCAAUGAGUUCUUUGUGAAGCGCGGUGUGGCAGUGAUGACGAUCAGAGAGCUGUUUGACUUCAUCACAGAUCCAUCAGUCACUAAAACCAACCUGGACCAGUACCUGAGCAAGGCCAUGCUGGUUGCGGCUCAGCGAACGGCUCAGCAGAGGUCGGACCAGGAUGCAGUGGAUGAAGAGGUGUUUAAGAAGGCGUACAUUCCUCGCACUCUGACGGAGGUGAAUCACUACGAACGAGAUGUUGACCUCAUGAGGAUAAAGGAGGAGGAGUCAGCGCUCUGUGGUAACCAUGACAACAUUCUGUACCAAACGCUGACCGGACUGAAGAAGGACCUGUCAGGAGUUCAGACGGUUCCUGCUCUUCUGGAGGACGAACAACCUUCAUCAUUAUCGUCAUCGGAGGAAGAGGAGGAGGAGGAGGAGGAGGAGGAGGAGGGUAAAGGACGGACAGAGGAACCCCCGAUGGACAAAAAGGUGAAGAAGAAGUUGGUGAAAGAAGCUCAGAGAGAGAAAAGAAAAAACAAAGUCCCCAAACACGUGAAGAAGAGGAAAGAGAAGGUGUCCAAGAUGAAGAAGGGCAGAUGAGGCCCACCAAUGACAGUACAGAACAGAGGUCAUGUGAUCCCAUACAGUCAUGGUCAGAGGUCAAAUAUGUGUGUUUCCAUGAAUGACCCAGAGCAGACCAACUGGACCGGAUCGCAGACAGAAUGGAUUGGAUUACAGACUGGACCAGAUUACAGACCGACUGGACCGGAUCACAAACAGACAGACUGGAUCACAAACAGACAGACCAGAUCACAGACUGGACCGGAUUACAGACAGACUGGACCAGAUCACAGACCGACUGGACCAGAUUACAGACCGACUGGACAGGAUCACAGACAGACUGGAUCACAGACAGACGGGAUCACACACUGGACCAGAUUACCAACAGACUGGACUGGACCACAGACAGACUGGAUUACUGACAGACUGGAUCACAGACAGACCAGAUCAUGGUCAAACUACUUGGAUUUGUGUGUUUUCAUUAUGUUCAGUUUAAACAUGUGUAUGAAAUGAGGGAAAUGAAAUAAAUUUGAAUAAAUCAGAUGUGAAUGAA